UCCAAGCUCUUUAUAUCUUUAGAAACUAGCUAGCUAGCUAGCAAAUCAAGAUAGAAGAUAUAUAGUGUUCUCAAUUUCAAAUAUGGCUUCUUCUUCAUCUUCAUCUACUAUUGCUUGCGUGUAUGAUGUUUUCUUGAGUUUUAAAGGAGAGACACGAAAAUCUUUUACUGAUCACCUCUAUGAAGAUUUGUGUCAGGCUGGAAUUAACACCUUUCGGGAUGAUGAAGAAAUUCGAAAAGGUGAGAACAUCUCUGCUGAGCUAUUGAAGGCCAUCGAGGGGUCCAAGAUAUCCAUCAUCGUAUUUUCCAAAACAUAUGCUCAAUCCAGAUGGUGUCUUGAUGAACUGGUGAAGAUUCUAGACUGUAAGAAAAAUUUGCAACAGGUGAUUCUGCCUAUAUUCUACAACGUUGAUCCUUCAGAGGUUCGUAAACAAACAGGUGAAUUUGGUAAGGAGUUGACUCAACAUCGACAACGAUUUGAUGAUCAAAAAGUUGAUGAAUGGAAAGUUGCACUCACUACUGUUGCUGAUUUAUCCGGAUGGGAUUUGCAAACCAUGACAAACGGGAUAUAUAGAUUAAUGAGUCAAUUGGAUGGUGGAAACAAAAGGGAUCAGAGAUCAAGAAUUGUACCAAAAAGCCUCAAGUUAGAAUUGUACGUACAGGUUGUAAAGAGUCACAUAUAAGAAGUACAUGAGCCAUCCAGUGUGCUGAAAGUGAAGGAACAAAGCAAGGUGGACCCCUAUGUAUAGAGUAAAAGAAUUGAUUUUGAGGUCUGAAGAAUGAUUGGAGGUGUACGUAUAGUAUGCACAACAAGUGUAUAAGAGCAGGAUGGUUGGAGUAGGAGAAGACACAACAAGCAAGUUGCAUUUGCGAGAAGAAUCAACAAUUAAGAAGAUGAUGAGAGUGGAUGCAAAUUGCAGUGGUUUGAGGUUAAGUGAGUUUAAAAGAAUUCACUUUAAGGUCCCAAGAGAAGUAUUAGAGAUGCAUGUAUGCAGAAUUCAGUCCUACAGAUCAGAGAUGACAUACACAGAAACAAAGAUGGGGAAGUGCGUUUCUUUCCAUCCACAAGGGGGUUUCAGCAAGAUGAAUGCAAUGUGGAGAAGAAGAAGAAUGGAAGAUUUUGAGGUGUAUGCAGAAUUCCAUCCUUUGCAUACACUUUAUGUAUUUGAAAUGCAAAGAAACAGAGAAGGACACCUGAAGGGAUGUAUUUGCUACUCUCUAUGUACAAGAAGUUUCGCGUUCUUUGGAGUAGUGAUACUACUACAAUAACAACUAUACAAACCUUUAAUUUACUGCUUUAUUAGUACACUUGCCGUAUAUACAAACCUCUAUAUAAUUUUUGUGUGUGCGUGUAUGUUUAGGGCACAGAAGUAAUUGAAGGGAUGAUUAUAAA